CCUGGAUGUUGGCGAUACUGAUUUGACAGUUGGGUUAAGUGUACAGAGCUACCAUCCAGUAUGUAAACAAAAUUGUUUAUAUGGUAACGGCAGGAAAGCGACGUGUGGGCGAAACGAAAAUUAUGCGGUAAAGAGACACAUCAGUCGGAUGUCCCGAAACGUUGCCUUUUUUCCGAAAUGUAAAUUAUAAAUGCAGCAGAGUGACAAUAUUCGGCAGAUACCGUUCUUUUCAGAAGGAUGAAAGUAACGACGUUAAAGGGCAUUUUUCCCGACCCUAAGCCAGUCAGGAGGAAGAACUUUAUUCAGGAAAACGUGAAAAACCUUCGGCGAAUGGAGCAAUGCUUCCAAGCGAGCAAAGAGGUGGAGGAGCUACAAAAGUUACAAUUACACAAACAUCAUAAGAGUACAGACAAGUAUCAGAAAGUAUCCGCAAAGGUGGUCACUAGUUUUCGAGACAAGAGGAAACAUGAGAGUCAUACUGUCGAUCAAGUGUCAAGUGAUAAGGUGGUAAUUGACGAACAGGCUCAAAAUGGGACCAAUGUAUUGGAGUACAAUAGGAAGCAAGCUGCUUCUACCAAAAAGGUUCUUGAACCAGAAAUGAUUAAUAAUAUACCGAGCAGACAAAGGAGAACUGGCAAGCAUAAGAAUCAGCAGAAAUUGCAACCAAAGGUUUCCUCAGAACCAAAUGUCGUACACAAGUUCGAUAACGCUACACAUAGUUUAGAUGUACAAAAUACUGGUAAAUGUAAAAGUCAGGGUGUUCAGACUUUAGAUACGGAUCAGUUGGAAAGUAUAUAUUCUGAAGGUGUCAUUCGGUAUCCAUCGAAGAACGUUACAAAACACGAAACUGCGAACAAUGGCGAUUUAAAUAAGCAAGAGGAUAAGACCUCGCGGAAACAAUCUGAUUCUCCUACAGAUAGAGGUGAUAUGCAUGGUCUCGAAGACUUGCAGAAAGUCGAUUUACGAAAGUCUGCGUCGCCGACAUCUAAAGAAGAGAUCGAUUUUAUCAAAUUGAAUAAAGAGCGCACUUCUGUUGCCAAUAAGUUGAUGACGCAACUUAAUAAUGGAGUACCACCUUCGAAUUAUCGCAAGGGAGUUGUGCCCAAAUAUCUUCGAGAUAGAAAGGAAGCACAAGAAAAGGAGCAAAAGGCCAAAACCGAAGCAUUGCAUUCCGAUUGUCCAGACGGUCACGUGCCCUUACCUGACAACGAGCGCAAGGAGACGUUACGAUUAUUAAAAAAAAAUUAUCAAGAUUACGUCAAUGAAUUAAACAUGAUGCCUAUAAAAACGGAUACUCUCAGAGCGCAAAGGCGCAAGAUUGAGAUAGAGAAGCAAUUGAGUAAGCUGGAAGAAGGGAUUAAAGUGUUUUCGCGUCCAAAGGUUUACGUGAAGAUAAAUGCGUAAAUUGUGUUGCUUCGAUCAGAAUGUAAUGUAUACGUUUAGAAAUAUUGAUUGUCCGUCCGUGUUGUAAUCCAAAACGUAUAUUGUUUCAAGACUCCAAUGUGACAAAAUGUGAUUGCAUCCUGCAAACUAGCGAAAACUACUUGCAUGUACAUACUUCUCAUCAAAAUAGCCAAUUUUGCACAUACAUAUAUAAAGAUGGACUAGUUCAAUCUGACUACGUCUAGCAUUUAAAGAAAUUCUAGAAAUAAAGAAAAAUACAUUGAAUACUAUUUUCAUACAAGCACAGUCUGGAUUUUGCUAGCAGCUGUAGAUGGGGACAUCACCUAUUAAAAAUAUAAUAAAUAUUUUAUUUAAUAAACU